AUGGCAGACGAGACAUCAAAAACUCCUUAUAAUAGUAUCUAUGAGACUCUGAACCCUAAGAACCAGAAGUCAGAUGCUGAAUUGGUUUGCUGUAAGCACGGAUGCCAGUGCGCAUAUGGUCGGAAACCAGUUGAGAAUCAAUACGUGAAUCUUCCAUCUCCAAGCAAGGAGCAACAAGUCGCUGAGAAGCUGACAGCCAAGUUGGAAAAGCUGAAAGUGAAGGAAGGGAAGAUAGGAGGAUCGAAGGAGAAAAGAAAGAAGGAGAAGAGACAGCAACCACUGGCUGAGGAUAGCCAUGCAUACGAAAUGAUGGGUCCACCAACUGAAGGAUCAACUGCCACUUCUGCUCCAAUCACUACAGAGUCUCUGGAGAACAACGUCAAAUCCGACAACACUUCUUAUUCAGCCUACAUAGGUGUUCAAAGUUCUGCUGAUGCUGAGACUCAUGUGACUCGUCGUGGAGAAUUCGCUCUCUACCAUCUCUCUGAACCUGGAGCAUGCAUUGAUAACUUGACUCCAGGUCUUCCACUGAUGCUCGUCUACUAUACCACCACCAAGAAACACCGUCAUUAUCCCGUUCGCUCUUCUGGUUCCAACGGAGAAGUUCAUUACUUUGUCGAUUGUGGAUAUCCGAUCGUUCGCAAACACUUCUCGUUGAACCAGUUGGUUCAGUAUUAUCGGACUUUUGGAUCGAUCCAAAUCAAUCCAGAUGACACUUGUGCCGAGGCAUUCUCGUGGUGGUUGGAAUAG